GGAGCGGAUUCUGUUCAUAAUUAUCAGCAGAUUCUGCGACAACUGGUAUACUUCAACCGAAAACCGGCCUAUUAUUUGAAUCGUGCCUUUAAGCUAAGCUGUUCUGAACUGAACGGACGGUUUUCAAGCAAUGACUACAUCCAGACGUUAACAGUAAUCCACCCGAAAGUCGAUCAACAGAAACAACAGUCGCCCCCAACGGCUCCCCAGCAGAAGUCAGCGCUGCACCCGAAUGACCACAUCAUGAUCCAGACGGCACCGGUAGCUCACGCACAGGUGAACGAGCAUAAGGUGGACGUGAAGGAGGCGCGCAUUAAGAGCGCCAGCGGUUUCCUCGAAGGCGGCGGACUCAUCGACGCGUCCGACGCUUUCGGCAGAACCACUGCCAUGAAUGCCCGCCUCUCACCCAUCGUUGUAGGUCACGCCGUAACCAUUAUUAUCGUGGUGUGCGUCGGCUUCUUGGUCUUCAUGAUCGUCUUGGGCGUCAUCCGCAUCAGAGCCGCACACCAGCGCUCCGGCGACCACAGGGAUGACGACCAGGAGAUGGCUUGGGAUGACUCG